AUGGCACCGUCUUUCGCACUUGACGGCGGCGAAGACUCUAACAGGGUGGCUCCUCCUCCUUCAGUUACCGGCCGUUUCGCUUCUGAUUACAGCGACGUCCAAAACAGUCGUAUCUUCCACACUCUCCGUCUUCCCUCUGUUCUCAAAAGCCCUUUCACGAUUGUCGACGGUCCUCAAAGCUCCGCUGCCGGAAAUCCCGAUGAAAUCGCGAAGCUGUUUCCGAACCUGUUCGGGCAACCGUCAGCGAUGCUGGUGCCGAGUGGUUCUGAUGCUGUGAUGCCUAAUCAGAAGUUGAAGAUUGGCGUGGUUUUGUCCGGUGGUCAAGCUCCUGGAGGUCACAAUGUGAUUUCUGGAAUUUUCGAUUACCUACAAGAUAGAGCAAAAGGAAGCAUAUUGUAUGGUUUUAGGGGUGGUCCUGCAGGCAUCAUGAAGUGCAAAUACGUUGAGCUCAACUCAGACUUUAUUCAUCCUUAUAGAAAUCAGGGUGGUUUUGACAUGAUUCGCAGUGGGAGGGACAAGAUUGAAACUCUAGAACAGUUUAAACAAGCUGAAGAAACAGUGAACAAGCUAGACUUGGAUGGGCUGGUUGUUAUUGGUGGAGAUGACUCAAACACAAAUGCGUGCCUCAUUGCUGAAUAUUUCAGGAGCAAAGACGUGAAAACUAGUGUGAUUGGGUGCCCUAAAACCAUUGAUGGUGAUUUGAAAUGCAAAGAAGUGCCCACUAGUUUUGGGUUUGAUACUGCAUGCAAGAUAUAUGCAGAAAUGAUUGGAAAUGUUAUGAUAGAUGCUCGUUCAACAGGAAAAUAUUACCAUUUUGUGCGGCUUAUGGGGCGUGCAGCUUCACACAUUACACUGGAAUGUGCUUUACAAACUCAUCCAAACAUUACCAUUAUCGGAGAAGAGGUUGCUGCCAAGAAGCUGACACUAAAGAAUGUCACUGACUACAUUGUUGAUAUCAUAUCUAAAAGAGCUGAGGCUAAUUAUAACUAUGGGGUCAUUCUUAUCCCGGAAGGUCUAAUUGAUUUCAUUCCCGAGGUCCAACACCUUAUUUCAGAACUCAAUGAAAUUCUGGCCCAUGGUACUGUGGAUGAAGGUGAGUUAUGGAAGAAAAAGCUCACUGAUCAGUCAUUGAAGCUUUUUGAAUUCUUACCUCAAACAAUUCAAGAGCAAUUAAUGCUUGAAAGAGAUCCACAUGGAAAUGUUCAGGUUGCUAAGAUAGAAACAGAGAAAAUGUUUAUCCAGAUGGUCGAAACUGAGUUGGAGAAGAGAAAGCAAGAAGGCACAUACAAAGGUGGAUUCAAAGGGCAGUCUCACUUUUUCGGCUAUGAAGGAAGAUGUGGUUUGCCAACUAAUUUUGAUUCUACUUACUGCUAUGCUUUGGGUUAUGGUGCUGGAGCCCUCCUUCAAAGUGGGAAGACUGGAUUAAUAUCAUCAGUUGGGAAUUUGUGUGCCCCAGUAGAAGAGUGGACUGUUAGUGGAACUGCACUUACCUCACUAAUGGACGUGGAGAGGAGACAUGGUAAAUUCAAGCCUGUGAUUAAAAAAGCAAUGGUGGAGCUUGAAGAGCCACCCUUCAAAAAGUUUGCCUCCAUGCGCGGUGAGUGGGCCCUAAAGAAUUGCUACAUCAGUCCAGGUCCGAUUCAAUUCACUGGCCCAGGAUCUGAUGCAAUUAGUCACACUCUACUCUUGGAGCUUGGCGCGCACGCUUAG